AUACGUUUUGGACUCACUGUAAGCUAUAGGGAGCUUUCAGACAUCUCUGUACAAAAUCAUUGCCUUCACUUGCACAACAUACCUCCCUUGUCUCAGUAAAUAUAUUUAUACCUGGUGUUUUGUUCUGGGUUUUUUUAAGCGAGAAACAGGAAAUAAUAGAUAAAGAAGUAAACAGUUCUAACAAUGCAAUGAGGAACUUAACCAGUUGGGAAAAAAAUGCAGUAUGUACAGUAGAUAUUUCUUUUGUUUUGCUUUGUUUUUUUUAAUAGUAGGUGUUUGGUUUCCGGGGUUUUUCCACCUUAAUACUAAUGACUGUGUGAUUCCAGAGAAAGAGGAAUGAUUAGUUUGCACCUUGGGAAACUGCAUGCCCCAACAAAACUGUUUAUCUUCAGCCUGCCUUUCUUCUUCAGUCACAAGUAGGUCUUAUGUGUAGCUCUUAUCUCUUUCUGAAGAUGCAGCUCGAGAUGCCUGCAUUUCCCUCAACCUGACAGCUCUGCAUUUGUGAGUUCAAGCUAAAAAAAGGUGGCAUCGCUGUCAUCCACGAUGACUUCACCCCCAUCCACGGGUCAUGAGGGUUCAGUUUUGAGAGCUCAAACGAUCUCGAAAAACUGCAGCAUUACGGAUUUCAAGGAGUUAAUGUUUCCCAUCGCCUACCUGUUAGUCUUUAUUCUAGGUGUUGUAGGCCACUCUGUCUCCCUGUACAUCUUCUUCAGUGUGUGGAGGAAGAAGAGGGGUCUGACUACAGUCAACCUGUUCAUGGUUAAUCUGUUGGUGUCCGACCUUAUGCUGGUGUGCUCGCUGCCCUUCAGAGCUUCUUACUACCUGUCAGGCUCUCAUUGGAAAUUUGGCAAGCUGGCCUGCAGUCUCAUAUUCUAUGUCUUCUACCUGAACAUGUACACAUCAAUUUAUUUCUUGGUUUCCCUAAACAUCAUGCGAUAUUUGGCACUUUUCCAUCCCUACCGCUACAAACACUUGCAAAAAUGGUGUAAAGGACAGUUGGUUUGUUUUUUAAUCUGGCUGUUUGUCGCAGUGACCUCAAGUCCUUUGUUGCUGUUGGGUCAGAACAGAAAUGCAAGCCAAGAGGGUGAUCAGCAAUGCAUGGAGCUAAAAAACAAUAACCAAACCAUCCAGCUUUUAAUCAGUAUUAACAAUGCAACUUUGGCUGUGGGCUUUGUGCUGCCUUUAGCGUUUAUCUUGUGGUGCUCCGUGUUGGUAGCUUACAGAUUACUGAAGCCUGGUCCGUCCCAGCGCACGAUCAACAUCUCAAAGAAAAAAGCCUUCACUUUGGUCAUCAUCAGCCUCUGCUUAUUCAUCAUCUGCUUUUUGCCAUAUCAUGUCAUGAGGACAAUCUUUUUAUACAGUGAACUGAACGUGAGCAAUGACAGUUUCUCCUGUGAGUUCAUCUGGCCAGUGCGUAAAGCAGCAGUGGUGACACUUUGUUUGUGUGUAGCCCACAGCUGCCUGGAUCCCAUCCUGUUCUUUUUUGUAGGAGAACAUUUUAGAACUUUCUUUAAAAACCUGCUAAGCAGAAGGACAAACGAAAUGGACGAAAGAAGAAGAAGCCAGCAGGAGGCAGAAUUGCAGAGCCUCCAGAAAUAAGCCUUCAAGGUUUUUAUUUACUCAGAUUCAAUUCAUGUACCAACAGUAUCCAGUAAUGCUAAAGGUUAUGAUUAAGAAGCAUUUCAUUAUCCAAACAUUAAAUAUUCUAUAGGAUGUAAAAGGUUUAGGUGGUAAUCAGUCUUCCUACAUUGAUGUGAAAAUAAGGUUUGCUUCAUAAUAUGUUAUAAUAAUGCAUCUAAAACAUUCUCUUAUGGACUGAAACUAAUAUUACACUAAUAUUAAAAAAAUAUCUGUACUUGAGAUAAGCAACAAAUAUUCAUACUAGAAUGUCCAUGUCAUGUAGAAUGUUAUGUCCAUGUCAGCUGCUUUGGUCUAAUCUCUAAUAAUAAUGACACGUUUGUCUUUGAGAACUUUAUGAAUCUUCUGAACUGAAUUCUUGAAAAAGCAAGUGUGGCAAACAUUUCCUUUUACAUUUAGCCUACACAUAGAUGAUGGUUAUUAUUUUGGAAUUAAAAAAUUUGGAAUGAAAGCUGGUUUUACACUAUACAAUUUUUUUAGUGAUUCUGAGUAGAGAUUGUACUGAAAAAUCUGAAGAACUCUGAAUGUAUCCCCAAUUGCCAUGAUGAAACUGGCUCUCAUGAGGACUGUUCCAAUAGCAAGACCAAGAGGUACUUUGGCUGCGUGGGAUACGUUUAUUAGAAUUACUAUCACCUCUAUUCUUCAAGCAAUUCCAUAUUUGCUCUGUCAUAAUACAAAGUGAAAACAAUAAAAAUAAAGAAAAGCCACUGAAUAAGAAA